AGUUCUUCCUUUCCCUGUGCCUGCCGCUCAGUAGAGCAGGGUGGGUGCCACCUCAGCGUUUAAUCCUUCUCCAUCUUCCUGCUAAGGCAGCGACUACACUCACCAAAAUGACUGAGCAGAUGACAGUAAGGGGGACCCUUAAGGGCCACAAUGGAUGGGUCACCCAGAUUGCCACUACGCCGCAGUUUCCCGACAUGAUUCUCUCGGCGUCCAGAGACAAGUCGAUUAUCAUGUGGAAGCUAACAAGAGACGAGACGAAUUAUGGCAUCCCCCAGCGUGCCCUUCGUGGUCACUCCCACUUUGUUAGUGAUGUGGUCAUCUCCUCAGAUGGGCAGUUUGCUCUGUCUGGAUCAUGGGAUGGAACGCUGAGACUCUGGGAUCUCACCACAGGCACAACAACCCGCCGCUUUGUCGGUCAUACUAAGGAUGUUCUAAGUGUUGCCUUCUCUGCUGACAACCGUCAGAUUGUAUCUGGCUCACGAGACAAGACCAUUAAGCUUUGGAACACACUUGGUGUUUGCAAGUACACAAUUCAGGAUGAAAGCCACACCGAAUGGGUUUCAUGUGUCCGCUUCUCUCCAAACAGCAGCAAUCCCAUUAUUGUGUCUUGUGGAUGGGAUAAGAUGGUCAAGGUGUGGAAUCUGGCUAACUGCAAGCUGAAAACAAACCAUAUUGGUCAUACUGGAUAUCUGAACACUGUUACGGUGUCCCCUGAUGGUUCCCUGUGUGCUUCUGGUGGCAAGGAUGGCCAGGCUAUGCUUUGGGAUUUGAAUGAAGGCAAACAUCUGUAUACUCUGGAUGGUGGUGAUACAAUCAAUGCACUUUGCUUCAGCCCCAACAGAUAUUGGCUCUGUGCUGCAACUGGCCCAAGUAUUAAAAUCUGGGAUCUGGAAGGCAAGAUUAUUGUUGAUGAGUUGAGGCAGGAGGUGAUCAGCACAAGCAGCAAGGCUGAGCCUCCACAGUGCACUUCUUUGGCCUGGUCUGCUGAUGGACAGACCCUGUUUGCUGGCUACACAGACAACCUCAUCAGAGUGUGGCAGGUUACCAUUGGAACCCGAUAAUUUGUUCUGUGACCAUUGCUAACUGUAAAGACUUUAGAGCUUUGAAUAAAAUACAUUUGAAAGUG